AUGACUCCAAAAAUGAAUGAAUUCUAGCGAAUAUUGAUAAACAAAGCAUAGACCACAAGAAGCAAUGAAAUAUAAAUAUUGGACCAUUUACCAAUUGGGUUAGUUGUCUUAACAUUAGAUCAUAAUUUUUAAUACAUGAAUAAAAGAGCAAAAAUCUUAUUGGAGAGAGCUUCAAAUACUCAAAUAACAGAGGACAAUGUUGUAAUCAUCAUCAAAGAACUACUAAUGAAGUAUGAAAUCAAAAAUAUUUUAAAGAUGCUUCAAUGAAAAAAUAACAAGCCUUGGAAAUCUAUUUCGUCCUAGUUAAACUAGAAUUAAUUAAUUAAUAACCAAAUUCAAUCAAAAACAAAGAGUGAGCAUGCCAAAUCUUGAUGAUAACUUCAUAAAAUAAAUUGAUCCUAUCAAUAGUAUAUUGAAUUAGUUUAAUGAUUUUGCUCCAAAUUCUUAAUAAUUUAUGGAUGUAUUAUAAUAUAUAUUUAUAGAACAAAUAUAGAAUUCAAUUCAAUUAUAAAGGCAAAAAAAGAUGCUUUAGAUUUCAUUUUAUGAGACUCCAUGAUUAGAUUAUAAUCAAUUUAUUAGAUGAGACAUCUAGAAUAGGGAAAUUAGAUUAGAAGAGUAAGCACAUUUUUCAGAAUUAAUUGCUAAACUCAUUUUCACAUGAACUAAAAACACCUUUAAAUUGUAUUUAAUAACUGGUGGAAGUUGUUAUGUUGAAAGUGAAUACGGAUCUAUAAGAAAAUAUAUUGAAACCAAUAAAAUGGCAAACUGAUUUAUUGCUUUUUUAAAUCAAUGAUAUACUUGACUAUGCAUCUUUUGAGAUCAAUGAUUUUCGUUGGGAUUUUUCAUUGUUUUUUUUAGAGGAUUUGUUACAAGAAUGCAUUUCAAUAUAUUAUUAGGCUUGCAAAUAAAAAGAUAUAGAUCUAAAAUUAGAAAAGAAUUCAUAAGAUAAACAUAUGGUGAAUAAUGACUAUAAAAGGAUGAAAUAGGUAAUUGUAAAUCUUUUAAACAACUCAAUCAAAUUCACAUAAUAGCAAGGUGAAAUAGUCCUAAAAGUAUAAGAGGCAUAAAAUAAUCUGUAUUUAAUUUAAGUAAUCGACACUGGACUAGGUUUAUCAUCCGAGUAGCUUUGGCAAUUGCAAAUGAAUAUUGAAUAGGACAAUUUGCAAAGUGAAUAUCAUCAAUUCCAUGUAGGGUUGGGAUUAAAGGUUGCUAACAGAUUGAUUAGAGGCAUGUCAUCGUUAUAAAACGGGUUAAAUAUAGAUUCAACUUUGAAUAAAGGCACAAUUAUAUCAUUCACCAUUGAAGAUUUCUUGGAGGAUAACAAUAGUUAAGGAUCAGGAUCAGAAACAAUAAUGAAAGAUGUUUAAUUGAGUAGAUAAUUGAGUCAACUUACAACAAGAGAGUUUAAAUUUAUCAAAUAAAUAAUUUGUAAAUGUAAUAAAAUUUUGAUUGCAGAUGAUAUACCUUUUAAUCACCAUGCUUUGAAAAUGAUCCUACAAGAAUUAAAUUAUCAGGCUGACAGUGUUUAUGAUGGUCAGUAAGCUAUAGAUUUUGUUUAAUAAAGAAUUAAGAACAAUAAGUGUCAUCCGUUUUAUUCAUUAAUUUUGAUGGAUAUAGAGAUGCCUAAGUAAAAUGGAUUUGAAGCAUCCCUAAAAAUUAAGUAGAUACUUGGGGAUUAAAGUGAUUAAACUACAAUUGUAAUGUGUUCAGCAUAUGAUAAUUAAGAGUGUAUCAAAAUGUGUUAGAAUUGUUUAAUGAGCGAUGUGUUGCCAAAACCUAUUACAAAAAUGAGUUUAUAGUAUAUCAUCGAGAAAUAUCUCAGAUGA